AGCCUCUAGCUUCAAAUGCCACACCAUUGGGAUUUGUUUUUCUUCAGGGGGAAUGAGAAAAAAUGUGAUUUUGCUGCUAAGAAAAUUGAGUUCUUCCCGCUGCAGGAGGUAAACGAAAUGUGGGCAGGUUUGGGGUACUAUCGGCGGGGGCGUUUUCUUUUAGAGGGAGCGAAGAUGGUUGUUGCAGGGAAGGAUGGUUUUCCUAAUCAAGUGUCUAGCUUGAUGAAAGUUAAAGGAAUAGGAGAGUACACAGCCGGAGCAAUUGCCUCUAUUGCUUUCAAUGAGGCGGUACCUGUUGUUGAUGGAAACGUGAUAAGAGUACUUGCCAGACUAAAGGCCAUCUCAGCUAAUCCAAAAGACCGGCUUACAGCUAGGAAUUUCUGGAAACUAGCUGCCCAGCUAGUGGAUCCUUCACGUCCUGGAGAUUUCAACCAAUCUCUGAUGGAGCUUGGUGCUACUCUAUGUACUGUUUCAAAGCCAAGUUGCUCUUCUUGUCCUGUUUCCAGCCAAUGCCGUGCAUAUUCACUUUCCCUGGAGAACAGAACGAUUUCCGUGACAAAUUAUCCUACAAAAGUGGUCAAGGCCAAGCCAAGGUGCGACUUUUGUUCCGUAUGUGUUUUGGAAAUACUGAACCUGGAGAGGAACCAAUCAGGAGGUAGAUUUGUUCUUGUAAAGAGACCUGAAGAGGGUCUGCUUGCUGGUCUUUGGGAGUUCCCAUCUGUUAUAUUGGAUAAGGAAGCUGGUUUGGCAACAAGGAGGAACGCGAUCAACCUCUACCUUAAGGACGCAUUUCAAGUAGAACCCAAGAAAACAUGCACUAUAGUUUCGAGAAAAGAACUUGGAGAAUUCGUCCACAUUUUCACACGCAUACGUCGAAAAGUGUAUGUGGAGCUAUUAGUUGUACAACUGACAGGUGGAACAGAUAUUCUGUUCAAAGAUCAGGCAAAUGACACUCUGACAUGGAAGUGUGUGGGCAGUGAUGCUCUUUCUACCAUGGGACUGACAUCGGCUGUUAGAAAGGUGUAUUCAAUGGUUGAAGCUCACAAGCAAGGUUCAUCGGUUGCUCCUGACUCAUCAAAUAGAGCAGCCAUAUCGAGGAAACGAAGAAUCUCAUGA